AUGCCGACAGGCCACAACAAGAAGGCGACAGAAGAGGGAAAGGAAGACGAGGAGCAUGUAUGGUUCAGCGUUGGUGAAGAUUUCUCAACACGACCACGAGAACCAGUGGGUAUCUGGAGUAUCCAGGUGGAUUCGACGGACUUACAUGCAGCGCACCAGGCGUCCGGGCGGGUCGGGCUCAAGCCAGUUAGCCUCACAGCUUCUUUGGGCGACAAGGGGACGCUGCACAGCGUUGAUGAUAAGACUCAGGAAGGACAGGGAUGCAUCUUGAGAUCUGCACCGCAGGCUGGUAGGUGGUGGAGGAGGGUUCGUGCUGAACCGGGGUUACAAGCGCAGCCCGCGCAGCCCGCAUCAGCCACCAAGACCGCGAACCGAACCCUCAUGCGCGUCGGCGCGCCCCUGGUAAAAGACAGCGAAGCCGUACACCCGUAA